AUGUACAUUUUCAAAGCUACUAUUGAACAAACAAUGAACUCUCCUAUUAAUCCUUUAGUCAAGAAAGGGGCGUCAGCUUCUUUCUUGGCUCCCUCCUUUAAGAUUAGAAGGAAGAACAUUUCUGCAGUUUCCACUCCUCAAAACCACUACACUUUAAGAAGGAAAUCAGCACAUAAAGCCCUUGAUCACGACAUGAACAAGGACAUAGCUCCUUUUAUGGGAAGGAGGAAAACUAUCAGGACCCAGAAUAUUCAUAAAAGAAAGGAAUUGACCUACACUAAUCCCAAGAAUUCUCAAAGACAUCGAAAAGACAAACCUCUUGAAAUCGAAAUCGAAGGGGAUAGAUUAGAACUCAACUCUAAGUUAUCAGACAGAGCUUCCUGUCCAAACCAAAGACCAAAAACUGCUAUUGGAAAUCUUGAUAAAGGUAAACCUUCAUACAAGAUUUUGAAUAUCAAAACAUUGCCAAAGAAGUACUGAAAAUAAGAAGAAGAUGGCAAAGACACAAUUUGCUAGAAGUCCAAAGGCAACUUUAGUCCCAUUUGAAUCAAAGUUCUUCGGAAAAUAAGCAUAAAUAAUGUCGAAUUGGUCUCAACAACUGUCACACAGAAGAAACCAAAGAAGAGAGCUUCAAUAGUAUUUGAAGAGGAAAAGAAACUUCAAUGUGUUGAUCAGUAUUAUUCGGUGGUCAAAACAGGAAAUACACGAUAUAAAAAGAAAAGCUCAAGCCAAGUGUUCCAACCUAAUUAUCUCAGGAAAUCUUGAUCUACUAUGAACCUUGGAAAAGACAAAGUUAAAGAAAAAUUGUGUGACAGAGACUCUCUCAAAAUUUUAAUGAGGAGCGAAACCAGUAUUAAUUCUGGAAACCCAAAGCAUAAAAAUUGUGAUAUACAAUUACAGAAAGCAAUAAAGCCUUGAUCUAAUCAAAGAAGAAGCCGUCAGGAGACUCAUUCAUCUCCAAAGAAGUUCAUACUUAAUCCAAAUCUAGGGCUGAGGGAGAUCAUCCUCGAUCCUACGAGAAGUUCGAAGGUUGAACCGAGACUUCAAAAUUCUCAGAAAGAUAAAUUGCUAAGCAGGAUAGAUAUACUUAAGUAUUGUAAAAGGCUCCAACUCAAAUUACUAAAUCGAGCUUCAGAAAAGGAGAGGAAGGUGAUUUCUUCUCGAAGGAACAAGAAUGCUAAAGUAUUAUAAAUCUCUCAGAACAAUCAGGUCAAAUGUUAUAAAGUCUUUAGAGCUCGAUUUGCCCUCUAAAAUUUCC